AUGCGUUUGAGGUCGAUCAUUUCGAGCUGUUCUUUGCAGUCGUCGAAGAAAAAGAAGUCUUUGGAGAUCGGCAGCGCGUUUGUUUCCUCUUCAGGCACGCGGUACGAGCCAAAGUACGGAUGCUCCAGGGCCUCCUCCACGGUUAGUCUUUUCGUCGGGUCGAAUUUAAGCAUCUUCUCCAUCAGGUCUACAGCAACUGGGUUCGCACGCGGGAAGAUCUUCUUGAGUGGGAUCUUCUUGAAGAACCGCUGCGACCGAAUGUACUCUCUGGCGCGUUUGGACUUGAUGGAUUGGAAGUCUGCCCCCGUUGGAGUGCCCAGAAUCUCGAAAAUCAGAAUGCAGACACUUGACACCUUUCAACGCCUGGUACAUCAGGUACUGGACGUGGUCGUCGCUCAGCACCUGGGACCGGAUCACGUGAUGCAGGUCGGUCUCCAUGAACUCCUGGACAAUGUACACCUCUUUGAAAGACUCGAAGUCGCGGGGUUUCUGGACGUCGAGGAUGCUGAUGAUGUUGUUGUGUCUGAAGUGUUUGAGGAGCUUGAUUUCUCUGAGUGUGCGCAAACAGAAGAGUUCUCUUUCAAACGGUUCGAUCUUUUUCACAGCCACGGUCGUUCCGGAUCUUCUGUGCACUCCCAGCGCCACGACGCCGUAGGCACCCUCGCCCAGGAUAUCUCUGACCUCGUAAUCUCUCAGGUUGAAGACGAAUUGUUUGGCGUGCAUUUGACCAGUCUCGCUUGGUCCAACGACAGGUCUGCUUCCAUCUAUAUAUACUUGAUUCUGAUACACGGGAUGAAAGAGAACGGGAAAAAUACCGUCCAAGUUUCAUGUUCUGCACCUCAGAGCAGUCAGUUCAUUGGUUUCGUGUGGGACUUUCGCCCUGCUUUCCCAGACAAAUGCAAUGUGAAAGGAGUUGGCCAAUCUGAAACACUUUUCUAUUGUUGCCGUGCGGGUUGCUACUUUGUUGCAACCAUACCAGCACAGAUCACACAGACGUCUGCAGAUCCAGUGAAUGGUCUAGUGCGUAUGUUUGGCCCUUGA